UCAUUAUUAUCGCUCUCGUGCGUUGUUCUUCCUCUUCAUCUUUCUGGUGCUUCGUAGUAGCUAGUGUUGUUUGCAAUGGCUGGAGGUGGGUUCGAUCAACGAAAUAUUAAUGGUAAUACUCUUAGUGACUAUCUCGGGAAAAUCACUUUCUAUCAUGUUCGGGUAACUUGCCUUGUCGCCUCCUUGGCCUGCUGGAUUUUUGAAUACGACCUAAUUGGCAUCUCAGAUGCUGUGGCUUCAUUGCCUCUCUUCUUGAAAAAGCACUUUCCAUCGUUCGAUCUAACGGAUGAGUCGGCUCUGUUUAUUUUUCGUCUAUUCCUGGCGGUGCGUGAGCUUCUGGGAUUUUCCGGUAUAUUGUGGGUGGCCAAGAAGUUGGGAGGGGAAAUACCAUAUUACGCCCUCAUAGGCAAUUUUGUCUACGAGGCUGCAUCUAUUUUUAAUUUUGUUGUCGCUAAUUCCAAUGUGUUUAUGCGUCUCAUUGGUCGGGUUUGUUGGGCUAUUGGCAUGGGUGUAAGGAUACACACAAAUAUUUAUUUACCAUUCGCCAGUGACCGCCCUCUUUCGAGUCUAUAUGCUUCUAUGUAAAAGUUGUAGCUACGGUUUUUAUAUUGAG